UAGAAGUAAACAGCUGUACUAGUGUACCGUGUACGACUGCGGGUCUUCGUUGUAGAACUUUUAGAUUCUAGAUUUAGAUCUAGCUCUAUAUUAGAACUAGAUCUGACAUUAAAUAUAGAUCUAGAUAUGGCAGAUGUAACAAAUUUAUUCAAAGCCACGGUUAAAGCCUUAAAAUCUAGAAAUAAAGUGUUAAAAGACCUUAUUCCAGAAGAUGCUCCUCAGACUCAGAAUGAUUUGAACAAAAAAAACGAAACUUUGGCCAAAGGUGAUUUUGAAACAAAAGCAAAGAACUUGGUGCUUAUGAUCACAAAGCUAAGAGAUUUUUUGUUGGAGAACAGGAAAAAUUAUGUCAACUCUGGAAGCCUUUUGUUAAGCAAGGGUCAAGAAAUGUCAGAAGCUGACAGAGAUAAAAUAGAUUCUGAAGCUCAAGAAAUUAUUAAGAAGUGCAAAGAAAUGAUAAUUUUGUUCAGAGUUGAAACAGAUCAUCAGAAAGUCCACCCUCAAGUGAAAGAACAUCGAAAUGCUGUUAUGAUAUUAAUUGAAGCUUACCUGAAAGCUAUUUGCAAAAUUUACAGUGAACAAAAAGCAGUUAGAGUUAAGCGAGUUGUGGAUAGAAAACGAAUAUCUAAGCUUGAGCCCGAGAGAAAGCACAGGCAUUUAACUCGCAACCAGUUAAAAAAAGAUCUCAACAUAGACCAAAGUCCAGCUAACAGUGAUGAGAGACCACAGGUUGAAAAACAGAAGCCAGAUCUUUUCCAGCAAGAUAUAAUUGAAAGACAGUCAUAUGAUAAUGAAGAUGAAAUAUCACCAGAAGAAGCUCAAAUGUUUGAACAAGAAAACAAGGUGCUAUAUGAAGAAAUGAACAGUAUUAUUGAAGAAGUCAAACAAAUAGAGGGUCAAGUUGUGGAGAUUGCCAAAUUACAAGAAAUUUUUACAGAGAAAAUAUUAGAGCAGGAUGUUCAGAUAAAUACUAUAGCAAAUACAGUAGUAGGAACCACAGAAAAUAUUAAAGAUGCCAAUGAAGAGAUUAGAGAGGCCAUCAAGAAAAAAGCUGAAUUCAGAGUUUACAUCUUGUUCUUUUUAGUUGUCUGUUCCCUUUCGUUGUUAUUUUUAGAUUGGUAUAAUAAUUAACCCAUUUUGUAUUACCAUUUUAGGAAACUACUUUUUUUUUACACUGAAUAGAGAAGUGUGAUCCAGCAUUUAAAAUUGGAAAUUUGAUAAUUUUUUGCACAGAAAUUGUUCUUCACCUAUCCCAUUCUAAGGUUGUUUAGAAUUAUAUGAUUGUGACUUCAUUGUUGUAUAACUCGUGUUAUAUCUUGUUAAAGUUUGCAAGUUUGUAGCUCAGCAGUUUUGUAAUUUAUAAAAUUAAACUGGGAUGUGCAAUGUGUUUCAUGAAACCCAUGAAGUAGUAUGAGCAGAAUAACCCAUCUUUCUAUGGCUUUACCAGGUGAUAGUUUUGAGUUUAACAGUAACACUUCUUGAAUUACCCCAUGGGUUGUAGUUUUUAGGUAGCCCAACAAAUUUUGAACCACCUGAUGGAUUUUUGGACUUAACAUAGUGUUGAGGCAUACCUGUGCUAGCACAACAUGAGAUAGUAUAUUGGUUCUUGGUCACACCAAAUAUUUUAGUUUAUUAAGCUUUUGUUUACAUAGUACUUUUGUAUUCAUUUUCCGUUUGAAGAUGUUUAGAUGGUGAUGGUUUUUUAAGUGAUUAAUUUUGUGUAAAGGGGAUGGUUCUGUGAAUGAUAAAUAUUGUAAAUCAUAAAUUAUGUGAAUGAGAAAUCUUGUGCAAAGGUGAUGGUUUAAUGGCUUAUUAUUUUGCAAUUUUUUUUUAGGCUUACUUACUACCCUUAGCUGCAUGACUUUUUUUUGUAGAGUAGGCUUUAAAGAUUGUGUUACUGUAAAACUGCUUGUACAGAUUUUAAAAUUUAUUUCUUUAUGUCAGCAAGCAACCUCACAACAUUACUGAUCCAAAAAGUUGAACUUGACCUUGUUAUUGACAAGUGUUCUAGUGAUAAAUAAAGAUUGUUUUUUUUUAUAUUGCCAUAGUUUAUAAUUAAUUUUCUUAUAUGUUAUGUUAUUUAUAGACAGUCAGGUCAAAUUUAACAAGCUGUAAAUAAUGUGUGUAAAGUUGUGAUAGAAACCUUCCAGGUGCAUCUUUUGUCUGUUGAAUGAGAUGUCUGACUCAAACACCAGUCACUAUAACCAUUGUAUGUUUUGUCCUGUCUUAUUAUGUAUGCCACCAUCAGUCUCCAACACCAUUCAUCUCUCCUUUAAGAAAAUCUCAGGCAUCCAUCUCUGGUUCAUUCAUGCGUGUACUCAACCAAAUGUUCAUCACAUGUCUACAUUAGCGAGGUUGUUUUUACUUAUAAUAAUGUAUUUUGUUUUUGUUUUCCCCCUCACUGAUCUGAUGGGUGUGUUUGAGAAUGUAAAUGGCUUGUGUGUGAGAUAUGAAACAGGCCCUAAUGUCUUCUAUGGUUAAAUAAACCCCCAGCAUGAUCAUCUUAAUAAAACAAGUUAUUCAUGUCACUUCUAAAAUAUUUUCUAUUUAUGAAAUAACUUGCACUUUUUAUUAUGAAUUCACUUGAAUUUUGAAUACCACCUCUCGCCCUGUACAUUAAUUUAAAAAGUGUAAGUAUCCAGUUUAACCUCUUAACAAUAUAGCUGGCUCAGUGUAACCAUCUUUUAAUCAUUAUUUCAUAAUUACAUGAAUUAGUAAAACAUGCUCAUUUAGUGCUCUUUCAUGAUGCUAUGUUAAAAUUUGUAAAUAAAACUAUUUUCAUGCCA